CGCUGAGGCCUAACACUCGUCCUGGGCUCCUUACUGCGACGGAUGAUACAGUGGCGUUGUGUCUCUAUACGGCAUAAAUACUUAAGAAGAAGAGGAGCAGGGGGAGGAGGAGGGAAAAGAGGAGUGAAGAAGAAGAAGAGCAACAACCAACAAUAAGAACGAGAUGGAGUUUGAGUGGAAGAACAAGAAAAUAGAAAAAGAAACAGAAGGAAAACGAGUAGUAGCUGGAGAAUCAGAAAAUAUUUGGCGGUAAUUUUGUUAAGUGUGGUAAAUCACUUCGCAUUUAACCAAAGUGGGGGAAGUCGGAAGCAUCGCCACUUCACCCAAAUAGUGUGUGUUCCCGCCACCCCUCACUUGCUCGCCCACGCCUCAGAUGAUUCACAUGCCGCAUCUUGGCCCGUAUUCAGAAACGCUGUGCUUUUUUUACCACGCCAAUUCGCAGAACUGUUAGACAAUGGGGAAAAAAAAAGCAGAACUAACUUUAGUGAAUAGAAAAAAAAAUUAGAGCGACGCUUAAUAAAAACAAACUAUAGUAUAAUGUAUUAUUAUGAAGAGGAAUAAGAAAGGGAAAGAAAAGAAGGAUGGAUGGAUGGAGAAUCUGAAAAAAAAUAUAUAUAUAUGUAUGUAUAUAUGAUGGUGAUAAUUUCAGGGAAGUGUGGUUAAUAACAUAGCAUUAAACCCGAAGUGAGGGAGGUAGGGAGUGGCACCACCUUUGAGAUGGCGUAAACUGUGCGACCAUUAUCACUGGGAGUAUGAGUGUGCAGUGGAUGCUCGGACGAGAACAAAAAUAAAUAAGAAGAAUCAGGUUGAAGAAUCAGGUAGGAAGAAUCAGGUCUUGAGGUUGACUGGCAAUAAGGUGAAAAAGAUACGAAAAAAAAUGGACGUGCAUAGAUGUUAAAAUAAAAUAAAUAAAUAAACUAGAAAUAUAAAAGAAAAUGGAAGCUUGGACGAGAAAGAAAGAAAAUUCGAAACUAGCGCCUCAUUAAGGUUAUGUGGCAAUAAGGAUGAGAAAAAAGGGCGAAAUAAUUAUAAGUGCACAAAUGUUAAUGCGUUGCUAAAUAAAUAAAUAAAUAAACAAAUAAAUAAACAAGCUAGAAUAAAAUAGAAGCUAAAAAUGGAAGCCUGGACGAGAAAAAUAAAAAAAUCCGUCGUUUUAAGAAUGUGUAACAACUACAAUGAAAAUAGAGCAAAAAUAUAUAUAAUUACACAUGUUGAUGCGUUACUAAAAAAAUAAAUAAGUAAAUAAACUAGAAAUAAAAAGAAUGAUUAAAAAACUAGAAGAAAUAAAUAAUGAAUGAUAGAAGCAAACUGAAAUUAAAUAUAGGGUGAACAUGAGACAUCAUAGCAGUGAAAAUAAACAAAAUAGAAACAAAUGAAUAAAUAAAAUGAAGUAAACAAUAAGAAAUAGAUUAAAAAGUAUAAGAGAGAGAGAGAGAGAGAGAGAGAGAGAGAGAGAGAGAGAGAGAGAGAGAGAGAGAGAGAGAGAGAGACUAAGAAAAACAGUGACGUGAUGCUGGUGAAGAAAAACAAGGAUAUAAUGAACAGCAACCGCCACGUGUAGACCUGAAGGCUUCUUGGUGCUUCCCUUAUCAUUUUGUGUUCAUUGCUAAAAAAAUGUGACAACAGUGAAGAGAUCAGGAAAAGAAAGAGAGAAAGAAAAAAAUAAUCAAGACAGUAACAAGAAGAAAGACGACAACAAAGAAAGAGAAGAAGAACAAGAAGAACAAGAAGAAAAAGAACAUCAUCCUAUGUUCAAAAGUGUGACAACAUUGAAGACAUCAGGAAGAAAAAGAAAAGAAAGAACAACAAUCAUGACAGUAACAAGAAGGAAGACGACAAAGAAAGAGAAGAACAAGAACAAAAAGAACAAGAAGAAGAACAUUAUCUUUAUCAAUAUCAUCAACAACAACAACAACAACAACAACGACGACGACGAAACCAAGAGCACUCGCCGAUUAUUAUAUCAAACAACAACAUCAAUGCCUUACAAAAUUUCCAGGACUUCAAGAGGAAGACUCAAAACGCCCUUGGCUUGUGCUUGGAAAAGACCACGCUGCGGGUAUCAGUGCGGAGAGACUAGUUUGUGUUCUAUUCCCGGCAUGAACCUUGGAGAUGGUUAAGAAAACAAUAUUAUGCAGUAAGGCAGAAACCGGAUGGAAGACUGAGUGAAGGAGAUCCUGAGAUCAAAACUCGUAAUAAAGGAUGAAGGAAACUCUAAGAUGGAAGGAGGAGGAGGAAGAGGAAGAAAUGAAUCCGUUAGAAGAAGGCAUGGACGCGGAGGAUAAAAAGAUGGAUUCCAAACUAACAUGUUUUGAAGACAUCGUGGAGGAGCUGAGUCCCUACGGCCGCUGGAACAUAUGCCUCUUCCUGCUGUGCUCCUCCAGCAUCAUGUUCAACGCCCUCAUCACCAUGUCCUACCAGUUCCUCGGCGCCACCCCAGACCACUGGUGCCACGUGGAGUCCCUCAAGGAAGCAAACUGGACCGACCAACAAAUCCUGGAGUUCGCUAUUCCCUUUGACAACAAGACGGGGCAGCGCGAUAAAUGCCACAUGUACGACUACGACUACGCGGUGGUGGCACAGCUGGGGUACGAUGCCGCCAUGACCCACCAGCACGACACCGCCGACAAGGACACGCUGCGGGUCGUCCCCUGCAGCGCGCGAGACUUCAACCUGACACAGCACGAGUCUUCCGUGGUGACUGAGUGGGACUUGGUGUGUGAGCGGCGUGUGCUGUACGCCACCACGCAGGCCGUGAACCAGCUCGGCUUCCUCAUUGCCUCGCUCUUUACGCCCAUGUUGACAGACAGGUUUGGUCGGCGUCCCGUGGCCCAAAGCAUGGUAUGCCUCACCCUCCUGCUGGGGAUCGGCAGCUGCUUCUCGCCUCCGUUAACGUCUUCAUCGCCUUCAGGUGCGGCCUCUCCACCACCAUAAUGGCCAUCUACCUUAGCUGCUUCAUCAUUAUGAUGGAAUGGACCGCCACUUCAACACGCUCCUCCUUCGGGUCGUUGACGGUGAUGGCCUGGGCUGUGGGCUGCAUGAUGGUGCCCGGCAUCGCCUACAUCAUCAGGCCGUGGCGCUACCUGCAGGCUGCAUUUGUCCUACCCUACGUCAUCUUUCUUCUGGGGUGGCGGUUCCUGCCGGAGUCCCCGCGCUGGAUGCUGUUGCAUGGUCGCUACGAGGACGUGGAAAACACCCUGGCGAGGAUCGCCGCCACCAACCACAGCAAGGUUCCUCCCAAGGGCGUCCUCCGAGCCGCCCUCACACGUAUCAGCCAACAGAUGCAGGGCGAGCUUGGGCAGGGCAAGGCGAGUGGCGGGGGGGAACACAGCAUCGGGAAGAAAGUUGUGGGCGCCUUGCGACACGUGCUGUCUCCCUACAGCAAUCCCCAGCGUGCCCGCAGGAUGUGUGUGCUCAUCGUGCUGUGGUUCUCGGCGUCCUCCGCGUACUACGGCCUCUCCCUCAACGCCACAAACAUCAGCGCUGACCCUUACCUGUACAACUUCCUCCACGGCGUGUUCGAGGUGCCUGCUUACCUCAUACUGUGGCUGCUCGUGGCGCGUGCAGGCCGCCGCCCUUCCAUCAGCGGUCUGUUCCUCUUCUGCGCCCUCUGCAUCGCUAUCAACGGCGCCCUCAUGUUCGUCUUCGCCGUUCCCGUGGCAGCCAAAAUCAUCCUGUCGCUGCUGGGCAAGAUGGCCGUGGCCGCAGCUUUCCACCUUGCCUACCUCUUCACCGCCGAGCUGUUCACCACCCAGCAGCGCUCCCUCGCGGUCUGCCACUGUUGCCUCUUAGGGAGAGUUGGCAGCAUUGCUUCCCCCUACAUCAACGAUAUACUGGGAGAAGUAGCAAAAUGGGCUCCGUCAGCAGUCUUCGCCGUGGGAGCAUUUAUCUCUUCCCUCCUCGCCCUUCUUCUGCCGGAGACUCUGAAUAAGAAGCUUCCUGAGAACGACUUCGAGGAAGCCAAGGAGGAGGGGGAGGAGUCCCGCAAAGCCCCGAGCAGCGACCCGUCAGUCUGAGGCAAGGCACUCCUCUAUUUUUUGUUUGACUUCAAGCCCAGUGUGUGGUGGGCAUCUGGGUGCUGAAGCCACGCCGCGACUACCACAACGCUCUCAUCGCAACGCACUCCACCGUGCACUCACCCACGGGUUUUUUUUAUGGUAGUAAGGAAAGAAAGAACUGUGCACACCGACAUUCUCUCUCUCUCUCUCUCUCUCUCUCUCUCUCUCUCUCUCUCUCUCUCUCUCUCUCUCUCAGGCAACAUUUGUUUUGUCACGUGCAUCCUUACCUCUCGGGUCUGGAGAUUGCAGGUACACGGAAAUAGGAAAAAAAUAAAAGAAAUAAACUUUGUAAAAUGUGUAAAGUAUUAUGCUUAAGCUGCUGCGGUGUUAUCAUAGCGAUGCACAUCACACCUUCGCACAUCACAUCACAUAAUGUUACGUCACACUACGCUGUGCACUGUAAUUGUAUUGUUUAUUAUUAAGGCUCGUCACUUGAGAGACAAAUGUUGAUAAGCACUGCCAUCAUGCUAGAUAACGAAAAGCGUCAUCUACGCAUGAAAAUAAUCAACACUCGGAGAACGCGCAACAUCCUGGCCCGCCAUCUGUUAGCCACUACAUGCAUUACUCUGUUCCUCCACCUCUCACUGGGCCCCACAUCCCUCCCUGCGCCAUCCUUCCUUAUUCAUCAUAACUUCCACACGUGCGCUACUGGUUAAUCAGGAAGCUCAGCUGAUGUCCGCGAGUUGACCCAGGGACAUGUACAGCAAACAACUACCAUACACAUACAUAUUCAUACAUACGCUUUUUACAAGUAGGAAAGAAAUGUGUUUGUUUUACUUGUCAUGUUUAUUUAGUCUUGAAUAGUUUUCUUUAUUGAUGUGUGAUUUUUAUUUUUCUCCCUUUUUCUUGGUCUUGUUCUUCAUCAUUUAAUUUUGUUAUUUUCUUUUCUUUUUUUUUUGUCUUCUUUAGUUUUGAAUAAUCUUACUUACCGUCUUGUUUUGUUUUGUUUUGUUUUUUGUUUUUUUUGUUUUUUUUUGUUUUUUUUCCUUGUCCCUUUUAUCUCUGUGUUGUUCUUCAUGUAAUUUUGUCAAUUUUAUUUUCUCGUUCUUGUCCUUGAGUGUAUUGUCCUGUUAUACUAAAUUUUCAGUUUAAGUGUUCCUGUAUUUUAGAUUUACUUUUAUAAAGAGAAAGACUGUAAGGAGAGAUUUAGAAAAGAUAUUUUUUUGUAUUUUUCGUAUAAAACCCUGUAUAAUGUUCCACUUUUUUUUUUUCUGUUGAUAAAGGAAGUUACAAGCGUAAUCACUGCCAGUCAGGAACACUACCUGAGCAAAGAAAGAAAGUUGAAGCUGUGGUGAGGUGCGAGUGAAUGAAAUAGGUGAACAGCAGACCUAAAGAAACAAGGAAAGAGAGAAAAAAAUUAAGCUGUGUUGAGGUACGAGUGAGUGAAAUAGAUUACUGGUAAACGAAAGAAACGAAAGAAAGAAAUUACCGAGGGAAAAAAAAAAAAAAAAUGAUGCUGUGUUGAUAUACGAGUGAAAUGGAUGCAUGCCAGACGAAAAAAAAAAAUCGAAAAAAAAUGAAAAUGAAGGUGUGUUUAGGUAUGAGUGAAAUGGAAGCCUGGCAGACCAAAACAAAGAAAGGCAAGCAAUACAACGCAGUGGAAGGCAAGAAGCUGAGCAGAGAGAUACUCGCAGACACACAGCAGCCGUUGAACAAUACUCCCCUUGUCUGGACAGUCUGCUUUGUAUGUACUACCUCGCUAGGCCUUCAUACACACACACACGUACUACACAGGCAUUGGUUUGUGUGGUGUAUUGCUUAUUACUUCACCACGUCUUCCUCUGCCACACUUACGCUGCGUUUUCUGUUGGUUCAUAUGCUCGUCUCAUUUUUUUUUUUUUUUCCCUUUAUUUUAGUUUUCCUUUUUUUUAGUUUUCUCUUUUUUUUCUCUCUUUCCUCAUUCCUUUUCCUUCUUUUUUUUCCUCGCAUCCAUUAAUAAGGUUUAGCUACUCAGUUCUUCCAGAUUCUUGCGAGCAACGAUUUCUGUUCAAACUUGUGUCUUGUAAGAGAGCUGGAAGUUCAUUCACGCCUCAGAUGAACAGUUGUCACCACUCUCCAGAAUUCUUUAGUGUUAUUUAUAAAGGAUACCGCCCAUAUCAGCUCAAUCUGACAUUGCUCUCCGUAAUAAGGUAAUUAACAGAUAAAAUAAAUAAAUACCUCAGGUCUUGUGUGGUCAGAUGGCUCCCUCCUUGAUUGAUUGAUUUAUUAUCUUUCUGCAGGGUGGACUAAGGUAAAUAUCUAAUUCCACCAAAGUGCGAUGGAAAAAAAAUACACGUUUAUUACUUUUUUACAUAUAAGUUAGGUUAGUUUAGGUUAAGUUAGAUUACGUUAAGUUAGAUGAAUUAGAAAAAUAAGAAACAAACAUUUGGAACGUGAAGGAAAACAGAGGAGAGUGACAUAAGAAGCGAUUCAGUGCCUAAAAGUCCAAAGAAAUGGGAUAAGUUUUAAGUAUAAUUGUUUUCCUCGAAGCCGAAUCUCGACUCGUUAAAGAAAACGGAGAGGUUCAUAGAGGACUCAUGCCGUACAGUCGUAGUCAUAACACGUUCCAAGUUUUAUACUCUAAGACCCUUGAAGAGUUGACUGCUCUCUCUCUCUCUCUCUUUCUCUCUCUCAUUCUUUCUUCCUUUCUUUUGUCUCCUUUCUUUUCUUUUUUUUUUCUUUGUUUAAUUCCGUUUUCCUCCUCCUCACCCACCUCUCUCUCUCUCUCUCUCUCUCUCUCUCUCUCUCUCUCUCUCUCUCUCUCUCUCUCUCUCUCUCUCUCUCUCUCUCUCUCUCUCUCUCUCUC